AUGGCGCGUCCUCGCAAGGACGUCAAGUUCGCACACAGGAACGCGAGCAACGGGCGCGCGCGCCGUGCCUCGAUGAGCAUGUCCGACAUCAGCGAGACGGGCUCACAGCCCGGCAGCCCCUCGCGCAACGGCGCUGCCCAUCCUCCCCCAUCCCAGCCCGAGCAGUCCGAGUACGAGAAGAAAAAGGCAAACUUCAUCGUCCGCACCACAUGGACGCUGCUCAUGAUCGGCGGCUUCUUCUUCGCCCUCGGCGCCGGCCACCUCUACAUCAUCGUCAUCAUCACCGCCGUCCAGGUCAUCUGCUUCAAGGAGGUCAUCGCCAUUGCAAACGUCCCCAGCAAGGCCCGCAGCCUGCGCUUCACAAAGUCGCUCAACUGGUACUUCCUCGGCACCGCAAUGUACUUUCUCUACGGCGAGAGCGUCAUCUACUACUUCAAGCACGUCCUGCUCGUCGACCGCAUCCUGCUGCCCCUGGCCACCCACCACCGCUUCAUCUCCUUUAUGCUGUACAUUAUCGGCUUCGUCUUCUUCGUCUUCUCCCUGCAAAAAGGCCACUACAAGUUCCAGUUCACCCAGUUCGCCUGGACCCACAUGGCUCUCUUCCUCAUCGUCGGCCAGGCUCACUUUGUCAUCAACAACAUCUUUGAGGGCUUCAUCUGGUUCAUCCUGCCCAUCUCCAUGGUCAUCACAAACGACAUCUUCGCCUACCUCUGCGGCAUCACCUUUGGCCGCCACCAGCUGAUCCAGAUCUCGCCCAAGAAGACGUGGGAGGGCUUCCUCGGCGCCUGGUUCUUCACAAUCAUCUGGGGCGUCCUCGCCACUCACUUCCUGGCCCAAUACAAGUUCUUCAUCUGCCCCGUCAACGACCUCGGCGCAAACGUCCUGACCGGUCUCGAGUGCAAGCCCAACCCUGUCUUCCUCUCGCGCAACUACACCCUCCCUUUCAUUCCCGAGGUCAUCCCCGCCUACCUCCCCAUCCCGCGCACCUUUGACAUCAUGCCCGUGCAGUUCCACAUGGUCAUUCUCGCCACCUUCGCCUCGCUCAUCGCGCCCUUUGGCGGCUUCUUCGCCUCGGGCCUCAAGCGCACCUUCAAGAUCAAAGACUUUGGCGACUCCAUCCCCGGCCACGGCGGCAUGACGGACCGCUUUGACUGCCAGUUCAUCAUGGGCUCCAUCGCCUUCUUCUACUACUCGAGCUUCGUCGCCACGCACCACACCACUGUCGGCGGCGUCAUCGAGGCCGCCAUCACGGGCCUCACGCACGAAGAGCAGUUUGAGGUGGUCAAGAUCCUGAGCAAGAAUCUCGUCAACCAUGGCACCAUUCCGCCGCAGAUCCUCGAAUACCUCUCCGCACAGGUCGCUAGGCGAUAG